AUGCAGAUUGAGGUGAAGUGCAGCUGCGGCGCUGAGAACUGUCCGGAAUGGGCGAUCGUGGAGCUGCAAGGCGUUGUCGAGGUCCAGCCUUCCCAUCGAGAUGGAAUCCAGAACCUCGAAAUCGGACGCCUUUGCCGGCCUUCCUCCGACGAAAAGUACACUCUCACGAUCGGUUAUCACGAACUGUCGGGAACGAAGGUCACCUUGAAGAAGCCCCUGGCCGUGCUGAAGAAAGUCAAGCGAACGGACGACGGUGACCAAGGUGACGGCUCCUCUUCAGGCAAGGUGGAGCUGGACGUUGUGGGCGUCAUACGGCACAAGAUUCUGUUCAAGACCAGACCCAAGGCCCUAAUCUCCCGUAAGUUCUCCACUAAUUCUCACUUUUUAAACCACUCCUCUUCGUCCAUCUGUAGUUUUAUUGUUUGUGUUGAUUUCUUCAUUGAUCUCAAUCGCAGAACCUCCUGA